CCAUCUCUAGUCACGCCCCCGAGAGAAGAACCAGUCUAUCCUCUUUGAAUCACUAUGAAUUAACUUUUUAUUUCCUAUUUCACUGGUUCACAAAAAAAAUCACAGCAGUUAUUAGUAUGAUCAGCUUAUUAAUACUGUGAUAUAAUAUAAUAUAUAAUAUGAUUCUUUUGUUGGUUGUUUUUCAAGAGUCGUGAAGCUGCCAUGUGUCGAUGAGGCCUAAUCUGUAUGAAUUCUCUACCUGGGAAUCACCUAUGACACAAGCGAGAAACUCCUCACCCCACCUGUUUUACCAGUCCAGCCUGAAACCUGGAGGUUGUUUCAGGUUUUAAGCAGCAUGUGAUUCGUGUCAACUGGCAUUUCAGACUUGCCAUCUUUGUCCGCUUCACCUUACUUGAACAGGGAACCGUGUGGUUGUCCGUAUAUAUCCAGCUCUGAUCUCUGUGAACUGCCACCUUCGACCCAGCACUAUAUGGCCUCUGCGUGGACUGAGGAGGAGACAUUUGUCUGCUCAGUGUGCUUGGACACUCUGAAGGACCCAGCCACUCUACCCUGUGGACACUCAUACUGCCUGGCUUGUAUUCAGAGCCACUGGGACAAGAGAAACAGCAAGGGUGAGUACAGCUGCCCCCAGUGUCGGCAGGUUUUCAGCCCUCGGCCCUCGCUGGCUAAGAGCACUGUCCUUGUGGAGGCCAUGGAAAAACUGAGAACCAACAGCUUCAAGCAAAGCUUCUCCACCGCCUCACCUUCCAUGCCCAUCUACCUGGAGGUCCUACCACAUUUAGGGCCGCGACAGGGCAGUGUGUACCCCCAGCUUCCAACGAAGAACCCCAGAUCCUGCCCUCAACACAACCAACCUCUGGAACUGUAUUGCCGUGAAGACAAGGAGUGUGUGUGUGAGCUAUGCUGCCAGCAUGGACACAAGGGACAUCAUGUGCUCAAAUCACAGGAAGAGAGGAAGAAGAGGCAGACAGAGCUUGUUCACAUGCAAGCAGAGGUACAGAGGAGAAUUCAGGAGACUGAAAAGAAACUUAAGGAGCUCCCACAUCUUGCUCGCCAGCACAAGGCCUUGGUCCAGGCUCUACAGCAAGAGAGCACAGAUUUAUACACAGAGCUGGCCAAGAACGUGAGUCUAACAGGCACCCAGGCUGGCGAGCUCCUCAGCACCCAUGAGACCUCCAUAGGAAGCCAGGUUGAGGUGCAGAUUCACAGACUAGAGCAGGAGGUGGCACAGCUCGGCUGGAAGAGCGAGGAGCUGAGCAGGCUGGCCGACAUGCAGGACAACGUCUGCUUCCUGAAGAAUUUCCUAACCCUGGAGCCACUGGGUAAGACAGGUGCCACGGGAGAGUCAGUGCUCUGUCGGGAGGAAGCGGUUGUCGCCUCCAUCCGUUCAGUCAUGCAAGAAUUACAAACAUCGAUACAGGAGCUCUGCAGAGCCAGUCUGGCCAAGAUCAACACAUUAGUGAAUCAUGUCCCUGUGCCUUCAACACCCAGUGGUGCAGUUUCAGGUGCAACAGUCACUGAAAACUGUGGUCAGGACAAAGCACAAAACACAGUGUAUGAAAUGAUGAUGGACCCUCCACCUAUGCCGCCUCCAAGACCUCAAGCUUCAGCCCCACCUCCAACCUUCCAUCCUCCUCAACCUCAUGCACCUCCUGCAACAACAACAGGACUUGUGAAUCCAGAACCAAAGUCUAGAGAAGAAUUGCUGAAAUUUCGCUUUGAACCCACCAUGGACCCGAACACGGUGUAUCGCCACAUCCAGUUGUUAGAUGGAGGUCAUAAGGCCACGAUGCGGGCUGAAAAUCUGAACCCUCACGACCACCCAGAGCGCUUCCACUUCUGGAGACAGGUUCUCUGCAGAGAGCCCCUGGCUGGGAGCCCCUACUACUGGGAGGUGGAGUGGACUGGCCAAAAGAUCACUAUUGGUGUGGCCUACAUGGAGAUUGAACGUAAAUGUUCUGAUGACAAAAGUCGUUUGGGCCACAAUCCCCAGUCCUGGAGCUUGUACUGGUCUGGCACUGGUUUCUCCUUCUGGCACGACGGGCAGGAAAAAAUCCUCGGCUCAACUAAGGCCAAACGGAUCGGUGUGUAUCUGGACCAACAUGCAGGGACUCUGGCCUUUUACCGCAUCGUCAACAACCAGGCUGACCUCAUCCACCGGCACCAGACCCCCUUCACUGGACCACUGUACCCAGGAUUCAGAUUCUGGGCAGGAGUAGGGGCCACAGUGACGGUCUGCCAACUGGAUUAAAUUGUAUAUGAAUGAUGGGCAAUUAUUUUUUAGAUACAACUGCCUGAUGUAAAGUUUCUAAAACUGUGUAUGUAAGUGAAUAAAGAAGGAAUAUGCACAUUAU